AAGAAGGUUUCCUUAACCUACUAACACACCAUGCAAGGCGCCAGAGUGUUCGUAUUAAUUUGUUUAAUUAAAUUUGUUUUUGGAUGUGAACCAUUUGUAUACCAUUACCAGAACAUAUACUGCAACGCUGAUUAUGUGUUUUCCGGAUACGUUCAAGAAUCAUCAGAAACAUACACUGCGUCCAUUUUUCAAGUUCGAGUUACAUCAAUGAUUAAGGGACAACUAGCCAACAAAGGAGAGAUAAUAACAGUGUAUGGUAGAGGAUGGGGACAUUCUUGUGGCCCAACAUGGCUUAGACUCAACAAGGAAUAUAUCUUAUAUGUUUCCAUUGAGGACGAGGCAACCAACAAACUACAAAUAACUGGGCAACAAGAAUUCAACCAGAGCACUGUAGGCAUAAUAAGGAGUUACGACUGCGCUUGUAAAGUCGAGAUCAACCUUCCACAACAAUCAAUUCCUAACAGUAAUGUCCCUGCCAGUCAAAAAUGUGUGAUCACAGAGCGAGAAUGGGAUUGUACAUUCCAAAAUGGAUACUGUGGACGCACGCGCUGUAGAGGUCAAUCACGGUGUGGGUCAAGUGAUUGUCAGUGGUUUCCAGGAGCGUCCAUUUGCUGAAAGUUGUAAGAGAUUUAGAAAAUAAAACGUAAUUGUGAUAAAUAAA